AUGGUGUUACUGGCUCUUGGAGAGAGCACGGAGAAGGAGCCAGGGCCCGAGGCUGAGGCGGAGGCGGAAGAGUGCGCCAUUUGCUUUGAGCCGGGGACCUUCGUGGACCUGCCCUGCUCAUGUGUCAUCAAGUACUGCACCGCCUGCUGGGAUCGCGCCCUGGCCACCUCCGUGACGGUCCGGGGCAGGGCGCAGUGCCCGUCCUGCCGCGCCGCCUUUAAGGUGGACUUUGAUACGGCCAGCGCCAGCUUGGUCUUCUCCAAGGACCCCCUAGGCACAGCCGCCUGUGAUUGGAGAAGCCAGCUUUAUGAGAAGGUGCGGCACGUGCAGAUCCGAUUGCUUCGAGGCUUCGGUGCAUCUACCGAGAGCCAAUCUCCCAGCUGUGGUCGAUGCUCGCUUCAGCCGCACUGUGUUUGCGGCGCGGAGCUUGAGCACAUCAGCAGCCGUAGCCGGAUCCUGCGCCUCUUGGAGGACAUGGAUCCCGGCUGGCGUGCGCGGAUCGGCAGCGCCGACGAGAUGGUGGAGCGCUUACUAGACAGCUCGUUGGUCACCUGUGACCUUUGCGACAAGGUGGCCAUCCGAAGUAAGGGCUUGUGGACGUGCAAGAAUGGGCCGCACACCGUGAUGCACCCCGCAGCCUACGAUGUUUGUGAGUCUUGCUUCGAGAAGUACUCAGGAGUCCAUUUAGAGAUUGGUGAUGCCAAAAGCGCACCGAGGAAGUCUCGAUCUGUGCUUUGCUGGGACCGAAGUCGAGUGGGUCAGACCUGCUGCCAGGCCUGCAGCGUCGUGCUGGGGGCUCUGAGAGGUCGGCAACCUCGCAGCAUGCUCGGCUGA